CUUCCUUUCAGAUGUAAACAAAGAUGUCAGCUUCCAUAAAUAAAACAUGUUUAUCAAAUUCGAACAAAAUCAAUAAGUAUCUGUUGCAAUUUGCAAAUGAGCAUGUUGAUUUCAGACAUGCUGAGAUAAAAGCCAUAAGUGAAUUGUUUGGUUUUACUGCAAAGCCUCUGGCAGAAGAUAAAUGUAGUUCUAGUCCUGGUUCCCCAUAUCUGAUGGUAGAAUUAAAUUCAGAGAAAGAAGCAAGGAAUUUGAUGAGUAGAACAGUCCUAAUUAAGUCUCUGUAUGAAGUAUGGGGUCAUGGAGCAACUUAUAAAGAAGUAGCCCAACAAGUAGAAACAAUACCAGCUGAAAUUAAGAAAUCUGGUUUCAGUGCUGAAAAGACAUUCAGAAUAAAUGUAGAUACCUAUAACAAGAAAAUAACACAAGAAGAUAAAAUAAAGAUUAUUGAGAGCCUUCCAGAAGAUAUAUUUAGUUUUAAAGGGAAAGUAAACCUGAAGAAUCCUGACAAUACCUUUGGUCUGUUGGAAUACUAUGGAGCAAAUAAAACUGAACCACCAGAUAAACCAUUUAAAAUCUACUUUGGACGAUUGAUAGCAGAUGGACAAAGAGAUCUCAUUCAACAAUUUCAUUUAACCAAAAGACAUUUUAUAGGUAACACUAGCAUGGAUGCUGGAUUAUCACUAAUCAUGUCAAACUUAGGACAGGUUAAACAGAACAGUGUGGUAUUUGAUCCAUUUGUAGGUACAGGAAGUCUCUUAGUUGCCUGUGCUCAUCAUGGUGGGUAUGUCAUGGGAACAGAUAUUGACUAUUUACUUUUACAUGCCAAAGCAAGACCAAGCAGACACAACCAGAAAGAGAGAUUAGCAGAUGAGAGUAUCCAUAGCAACCUCUCUCAGUAUGGCUUAGGUCAUCAUUAUUUAGACAUACUUGUAGCAGACUCAUCUAAACAUAAAAUGUGGCGAUGCCAGCCAAUGUAUGAUGCUAUUAUUACCGAUCCUCCAUAUGGUAUAAGAGAGGGAGCCAAAAGAAUCGGCACAGAAAAAGAUGAUUGUUUGGUAACGGAUGAUGUUAAGAAUGGUCACAUUCCUCAACGUGUUGAAUACCAGAUGGCAGACAUCUUCAAAGAUUUGUUAAACUUUGCUGCAAGGUUCCUGAACAUGAAUGGUAGAGUUGUUUUCUGGUUUCCUGUUAGUAGAGAAAGCUAUACAGAAGACAAUCUGCCAACACACCCCUGUCUCAGACUGGAUUCAAAUUGUGAACAAACAUUAUCAACUAGAAUAUCUCGACGACUUAUAACCAUGGUUAAAUGCAAAGAAUUCAAGGAUGAGGACAUGGGAACAGCACAAAUACCAGUUGAUCACUAUGACAACAAGCCAUUUAGAGACUUAUAUUAUAAAAACUCACAGAGCAAUACACAAACAGUAGAGGAUACAUUAAAGACAACAAGUUUAAAUGAUACAUGAUUUGCCAAAACUGAAGUCUUUUAUCUGUGAUAUAAAAUUUAAUGAACCAUUGAA